UCAAAGUUGUACCAUAACAUUAAAUGUAUAAGUUUAGGUUGUACCAUAAAGCAAUUUGUACCAUUAUGUUAUGGUACAACUUUACAACUUGAAGUUGUACCAUCACAUAAAUGUACAAGUUCAAGUUGUACCAUAAAAGAAUUUGUACAAAAAGUAUAGGUACAAUCUGAAGUUGUACCAUAACAUAAAUGUACAAUUUUAAAUUGUAUCAUCAAGACAAAAACCUAUAGCACCAAUACUAUAUAGCAUUGUAAAAUUUCUCAUAAAUUUUUGGUUUUGAUGAUUGAGGGAGAGGGGAACAAGUGGCAUGGAAUGGAAAUGGUAUGGAGUGCCAUUUUAUUUUGGUCGAGAGAGUAGGUAAUGAGACACUAUACACCGGAGAAGAAUGGGAGAUGGUGGUGGAAGUGGGACCUUAAUUACAACAUUUUAAUUAAUGGGAGACGAUGACUAAUCCUCUUACUUUUGUUCCAUUUCUCCUUUUAUCAUCAUGCCUAAUUAUCAAUCUUCACCGAUCAUCACACCUAAUUAUCCAUGUGAAUUUUUUUUUUUUUGGUUUCUCUUCUUUGCGAGGAGGUAAACACUUAUAAUAGUUCGAAAUGAAUAAGAACACAAGAUGUCGAAUAUGAUUGUACUCACGAGUUCUGAUACUUGAUAUCGAUUUAUUUUUUGUAUUGUUGGAACGUAUCAGGAAAAGUUUCCUAAUUCAGUCAACAAAUUUCUUACGAUCUCAUUUACUUGAUGCGCAAUGGUUAGCAGACAAAUAACCGUAAUUAAUUAAGCAAAAUUUAUGCAACAAACUCUAUAGUCUAUCAAAAUUAUGACCCACAAAUCAUAUAAAUUGUUGUUGAGCUUUGGAAUUGGCUACUUAUUGGUUAUCCCCUCACACACAAGUCAACAUACAAAUGGGAAAAGAGACCACACACCAAGAGGAACGCCUUUACUUGCCUAAUAACCUAUUACUUGUGCACUCUUGAAAGUGCAUUGUCUCCACCUAAUGCAUGAAAAUGAUGCCUUUUGUGUGUUUGUUUCUUUGGUAGGUUAUUAUUAACUUAUAUAUAUGUUAUUAUACUUAUACAAUACAUCAUUGUGUAAAAUAAUAAUGAAACAAUUUUGACAAUCGGGGUUGGGUUUGUGGGGGUAAUGAGUAUGACAACAAAAGCAAACAAGGUCUCAUUUAUGACUAACAUGUGCACCUUUCUUUCAACCUCAUUUUACAAAUUAUUAUAGUUAAUUUCCCUCCCAUUUAUUUAAUUCCCCUUACAAAGGAACUAUUAUGAGAAUCAAUUGUACCUAUAAAGUAUGAAGAAAGGGUUUAAAUUUAAUACUUUGGUCCAUUAUUGAUGAACUAUGUCUGUUAGCUUUGGGAUUGGAAGGUGUUAAUAGAGUUGCAUAAUUGGGAGUUCAUGAAUCAUGGCCAAACAAAGCUACGAGGAUUGGUCUAUGACUUUUUUUUUCUUCUUCUUUCUAUUUGCCAUUGUUUCUUCCAUUUCUAUGCAUCUCCAUUCAUCCCCUAAUGGUUGUAUAUCUUCUUUCAUUUCUUUUUAAAGUCUCUAAUGAAUACAAAGAUUUGCAAGUCAAAUUUGAUGUAUAAAUUAUCUUUCAUGAUAUGACUAUUUUGAAGAUUAGCAUUCACGACGGAAGGAGAUGAGAGGAUUUCAAUUUUUUCAAGACCGUAAGGCUCUAGACCAAUAUCUCUUAUGUGCAUUCUGGUUGGUAUAAGUUCAAAGAAUCAUAAGGAAUUAAGUUACUACAAAUUUGAAGGCAUAAAGCAAAACGCUGUGAAUAUGGAUUGAAUUGACUCUGAGUGGGUCUUCUUGGUCAUCUUAGUAUAAUUCAUAUAUCGUCACUAAUUGAAUCAAAUAUAGUGAUAGAUUACGACAAACUAAUUUAGGGGUCGUUUGGAGAACGGGAUUUAGGGCGUGAAUUCAUUGAAUCCGUAGAUUUUGUAAAAAGUUAUGUUUUUUUGUUUUGUUUUUUGUAUUAUGAAUUUUAGCUUUAGAGAUUUUAAGUCUCUAAAAUCUAUGGAUAUAAAAUCUCUCAUAAUCAGAGAGAUUCUAUAUAUUGAUUCGUGAUAUUUUUUUCUCCUACCUUUUCUCUUUCUUUUAUUUAUUUGUCAUAUUAAAUAUAUUUAUAAACAAAUUUUUUAAUAUUUUCUUGAACCAAUCUAAUUUUUUAUUAAGGAUAAACAUGCUAUUUAAUAUAAAAGUAAAAAUUUUAUUUUUCGUUGAACGUUAACAAUCACAAUUACCAAACAAUAAACAUUUUAAAAUCUAUUAUCAACAAUUUGAAGAGUUACAAUUUUUAGAUUGUUGAUAUAUUUAAAUUCAUACUUUCCAAACCGCCUUUAGACAAUCGUAGUUUAAUGAGAUUAUAAUGAGCAUCUCUAUUUCCGUGGCUGAUGGCUCCCUAAUUGGACUACAAAUCUCAAGGCCCAAUGAGAUUAUAAUGAGCAUCUCUAUUUCCAUGGCUGAUGGCUCCCUAAUUGGACUACAAAUCUCAAGGCCCAGCUUUUCACAGCUGCUCCUUCAAUUGGUCCAUUGGGCUAGGAUCCCUUAAGUUUAUAGACUCGAUAGUCGUCGGGCCAUAUUAGAAAGCAAAAUUAAGGACCAGACUCGCGACUAGGGAUGAAACAAAACCCGAAUCCACGGGUAUCCACUCGAUUCAAUCCGAUCAACGCGGAUAAAAUUCAUAUUGAUGGGUUUUGGUUCGGGUUCAGAUUUAAACUUGCUACACUAUUUAUUGGGUUGAGUUUGAGUUUAGGUAAACCCGCCUCAUGGGUACCCGUCCACACACACAUAAUUAUUUUCCCGGUAUAUUUAAUAUUAUAAAUAAUAUAUCUUCCUUAAACAACUAAUAUUCUUUAUGUUUUUGGAGACAUGUAUAAUUUGUUCUUUCUAAUUUUUUUGAAUGAAGUUGAUAUUAUGAAGUGGAGAGUGAAGAAACUUAGUUGACGAGGAAGAAGCUUUUAAUUAAUCUUAUUGUUUAUAGAUGUUUGUCUUUAAUUUUGAACAAUUUGUAUUGAUUAUUUGCGGUUUGCUUGUAUGCUCUAGAUUGGUGUUUUUUGUAUGAAUAAUUUGUAUGAGAAAAUUGAUGUUAAAUUUUUAUUUUGAAAGAAACUUGUUAUUGUAAAUUUUUUACCACAAAAAACCACGGGUACCCAUGAACUUGCGGAUACCCGGCGGGUUGGGUUAGGUUUGAGUUUUUCAAACCCAGCGGGCCCCAAAUUUUUUUGGCGAAUAAACCCAUUGGUUUGGAUUUGGUUUGACAAAACCCGCCCCAACCCGACCCAUUGACAUCCCUACUCGCGACAUUUUGACUGUCGAGACUGUGGUUAGCUCCAUACUGGGGAAUGGAUCAGGUCAGUAACCUUAUGGUGAGUAACCAUGAGGAACCCGCCCACAUCAUGACAUCAGCAUCCUCGAUCUCCUGGAAAGCCUUUAAAUUUCCUCUCCUUAAUCUUUGACGGACGAUUUCUCACUCGUUUUAAGUCAAAAUUUAAUUUUUUUUGCACAGUUAGAUCAGAUUAAUUGUGCUCUUCAAAAUGAUAUCCACUUUGAUAUAUUUUUCGAACAAAAAAAAUUGAGCCAUUUUUUACCAGUCUAUACCAUAUGGUAUUGACUGGUAUUGAAAUAAGAGCAUACCUAUGGUUUCAAAAAAGUACCAUGGAGGUAUGACAUAAACCAAAACUGUAGGAUGGUUGAAUACAUGAUAGUAGAGUAUACUAAUUGUCAUUUACAAUUUUUAACAUUGUAUACCAUAAGAUACCACCCCGUACCAAGGUGGUAUUGUAAUUUGUUCACCCAGAAAUUUGUAGAUCCAAUAGAUCAUGAUGAACUUGUCCCUAUUGUGCAAACGUUUUCAAAAACGAAUUAAAAACGAAAAGAUACCAUAUGGUAUGCAGUUGGUACCGAGAGGCCACAAUUUUUUUUCUCAAAAAAUAUUGAAAAUUGAUAUCAUUUUGUAGAGCACGAUGAACUCGUUCCAUCUGUGCAAAAGAAAUUAAAAUCCAAAUUAAAACGAAAAAGAUAUAAGUCAAUUUAGAAAGUUAGGGAAAAUAAAAAUGGUCUUUAAUUCUCCAUCCUUAGAUCUGAAUUUUCUAAUUGAAGAGUCAGAUUUAAUUAUUAAUGGGUGCAUCUAUCUUGAGUUCUCCAUACUGAAUCGGAACGAACAAUCGCUAAUCGAAGAUUACAAGGACGGCGGAGUCAAUGGCGUCGCUGCUGCGAGCCGUCAUCCUCCUCCUCAUGUUUUCGGCUGCUUCCGCCGUCGACGACAAGUGCGCUGCUUGCAAUGCCGUCGCGGCGGAGUUGGAGAUUGGGCUGUCCAAUGAAAAGCCCAGGAAUCAUUUAGACAUGAGGAAUCGUUUGAAUUCUAAAGGGCAAAGAGAAGGAAAGGUAAUUGAUUACAGAGUCAGUGAGCUGAGAGUUGUUGAGCUUUUGGAUGGGCUUUGCGACAAGAUGCAGGGUUAUACACUCGAGAAGGUAGAUUCUAGCAGACGGGAGUGGAUCAAAGUAAAUGACUGGGACACUCUGACGACGAACAAGCAAGAAGCUCGAGCGUAUUCAAAACAGAUGUCAUCUUAUUGUGGAAGGUUACUUGAGGAAACUGAAGAUGAGUUGACAGAGCUUAUCAAGAAAGGAUCAGUUACCGUAGGAGGUGUGAGCAAGGUUCUGUGUCAGGACUUAAGCAAGCACUGCCAAUCAAGUGGUUCCCAUCAGGCUGAUGUUGACGUCGAUGACGAACAUGAGGAGCUCUGACUUUGCUUUGCGUCAAUUAACACCAGGAGGACUAGCUUGUGACGUGAAAGAGAUAGAAAGAGUGCUUGUCAGAAGAAACUGAUAUUUGGCUUGGCAUGGCUGCCGUCUAUGCUAAGCUUGGAUAACAUAAAGUUUGUAACUUGAAACAGAAAUUUGGCUUCCCUGGCUGGCUUUGGUCCGCUAGUUUGUUUCAUCUGAUGUUUUGUCAUAUACUUGAGCUUAAUGCUUUCCUUAAAAGUUAAAAGAGAACAUGAAGUUGGAUAAUGAUAACACCAGUACGGAAUUCAGCAGCUUGUCCUUUUGAUUAAGUUCUUCGUUGGUCUUUUACUUUCCAGUUCCGUUAAAUUCUGGCCCUUGUUAAACAAAGGAGACUUUCUUUG